AUGGCACGGAUAUCUCUGGCCUCAUCAUCAGCCGGAGUGGCCGGGAAACCUCGAGGAGGAGGAGGUUUGCACCCCCUGGGUCAGACGAGAAAGACUCUGCCAGGCGAGAGACGAGAUACGACACAGAAAAUCACCAAGCCACGAUAUAAGCCAGGACAAAAGGCCCUCAAGGAGAUCCGCAGGUACCAGCGUGGAACUGAGUUGCUGAUUGCCAAACUACCGUUUGCGCGAGUCGUCCGAGAGGUGGCCCUCAAUUAUCUGGGCAGCGAGUACGGAAAUUUGCAGUGGCAAAGUAUGGCGCUGCUGGCACUACAAGAAGCGGCGGAAGCAUUCCUUGUCCAUUUGUUCGAAGAUGUCAACCUGUGUGCUAUCCAUGCAAAACGUGUCACCAUCAUGCAAAAAGAUAUGCAGUUGGCAAGACGUAUUCGAGGAGCAUGGGGAGGUGCUGGUUAG